AUGGGAUCCUAUCUUGUCUGGGCGUUGGACCCGGGACCACAACCUUCUUCAACCUCGGAGGAAGUCAGAGACAAAUGCGAGAUGUGUGGAAAGGGUAAUUCACAAAAGACUUGCUACAUUUGCGACACCGGCAAGUUUUGCAGAGGCUUAUGUAACAGGCGAGCCGUCUUCACCAAAAGGCAUUCCUGUGUCCAAGAUUGGAUGACAGAGCGCACGACGGCGGAUGAUCUCUAUGACGAUGUCAUGAAGGACAGGAUCCCUAGGGAUCCCCAGGUACUCAAGGAUUACCAUUUUGGGAACUACCCUGUUUUUGUUAUUCUCCGUAUCAACCACCCGGCUCUACAGAUGGCAGAAGUCCAAGAGGAUUUAUGA